AUCAAAAUGGACCUAACUGUAGCUCAACAUCAGGCUGCUGACGAUCAACCUUGAUCAGAAUUUUCAUGGAAAAGCUUUUCUGAGAAAUCCAUUAUUGGAAAAGGUAGUUUUGGAACGAUCUACAAGGCAAAAUACAAAGAAAAAUGGUAUGUUAUCAAAGUGAUUGACCUUGGUUCCCUGAGUGACGAGAAGAGUAUGCAAGCAAUUGAAGAGGUCAAUAUCCAUAGCAAGUGUAAAUCCCAGUACAUUGUUGAUUACUAUGACUCUUUCCUUGAUGAAGUAGACAAAGGAGAGAGACUUAAUAUUGUGCUUGAGUACUGAGAAAAUGGAGAUCUUCAUUCCUUAUUGGCAAAAAGAACUCAAUAUUUGCCUGAACAAGAGAUUUGGUCCUUUUUCAUCCAAAUAACUCUUGGAGUUCAUCAUUUGCAUAGCCAAGAUAUCAUUCAUAGAGAUAUGAAGAGUUUGAAUAUCUUCUUGAGCGAGGGAAAUAAAGUAAAGAUUGGAGAUCUUGGAUCAGCUUCAGAUAAUAGCCAAGAUAACGGAAAAGAUCAGGUCAGCACUCCUUACUACUUCUCUCCAGAGUUAUGUAGAGGAGAGAAAUACACUGAUAAAUGUGACAUAUGGGCUCUUGGUUGUAUCCUAUACGAGAUGUGAUACUUGAAACGACCUUUUGAAGGGAAUGAAUUUGAUGAACUGAAGGAUCGUAUUCUUCAUGAGCAAUUCGAGCCAAUUCCAGAUUUUUAUUCAAAGGAGUUAAGAACUCUUUCAGCACAGUUGCUAAAUAAGAAUGCAACUAAAAGACCAUCAGCUGAGGAUCUAAUCAUUAUGGAUAACUUUAUAGCAAAUUCAAAAUAAGUUAGGCAUAGUAAUUCCAACCAAAAUAAAGUUUUUAACUAUAAAUUCUACAAAAGAGUCUUUUCAAUCAGAUGUCUCCUACUCAUUAGCAAAGAGUUGUGAGAAGUUAUCUAGCAAGAUCCCUGAUCUACAGAACCCCAAGAAUGUAGAAUCAUUUGCUCCAUACACAGAUUGUAACCGAAUGUCAGUUGAGCCAAGAGAGAGAAGUGGAAAUAAAAGAAUGAUGACUCAGCUCAAAACUGCCUUAAGAAAUACAAACCGUAAUUUCUUUGCCAUUCGCAAGAAGAAGGCUAAAAACUCUACUAAAUAAAAGGAUGGAAUACGACAAGCUUGUUAGAAGGAGGAACAAGCAAAGUAUGUCUAAGAGCAAGAAGAAAAUUUCCAGAGAUUUUAAUAAUAUUGAUCCAAUUAAGCAUAUUUAUCAUGCUUGAAAAGAGGAAAAUCGACCCUCAUCCUCAAGCGACAAAUAUUUGUCAAUUUCUGGAAUUAGAAACUCAACAAACAUCUCAGGCUUCUCAUACUACUCCAAAAUUUCAAACUCAAAAAUUCUUCACCAAAAAGACAGCAAUACCGUAUACUCCACUCUAAGCUCAAGGCUUAUUGAAGAACGAAAAUCUGCAAAGAAAACUCAGAAAAUUGCUAAAAAGAACGAGGAAAUCCUUACCAACAUUCCGUGAACUAUGAAGCCUAAGAAGAUCGUGGUUUGUGAUCUAGCCAGUCAACAAAAUUCUGAAGUUGACCGAAGCAUGAAGAUCAGUGUGAAGAGGUGCCGACUCAAGAAGGAAGCUUCAAAUACGAGUAAACUAGAGCAAAUUCGGAAAAGUUGUGAGGUCGUGGGAAGCUCGGAGACAGAGAGAUGUUUACAAAAAUGGAUGGAAAAAUAGGAUCCUACAGAAAAAGAACCAGGAAAGUAGAAUUCCUAGUAUCAGAGAGAAGGUCAACAUGAGUCCGGAUGAAAUAAAAGAGAGGAUUUCUUCAUUGACCAAGAGUAGAUUGAAGAAGUUCAACUGUAUGAAAAGAAAGAACCAGGCUAGUGAGGUUAAAGGGAGAAACUAUUUCCAAAUCCAUAAGACAGCCUCUUCAAAACAUUUUAAGGAGAAAACCAACUCUAAUAGAUUCAGCAAUCCUAAAAAGAAAAUGAAGGCUAAAAGGCUCGUUAAAGAGAGAAGUACUAAUGACAACUCGUCAGCCGUUAAAUAUUUGAGUAAUCAGUUUUCACCUGAAGAUUUAUUCUCUCUGAAUAUUCAGGAUGCCACAGAGGAAGGCUUCCUGCUUGAUCCAGAUGCCAAAUCUGGGCAACCUCUUGAAAACGAAAGUAUUUCCAUUUCAGGAAGUGAACUUAUUGAUGAAAUCAAGAAGGAUGAAAUAAAUCUUGUUCCUGAUGCUCUUGAAAUCCCACAAAAUCCAUUUGAGUUAUCCCAUGUAUCUGAUGAAAAUUACAAAGAUACUUUCUCAGAGCCACAAACGGUCAAGAGUGUUAGAAAAGAAUUCUCAGCUGACGCUAACUUAGAACAAAAUCUUGGAAUUAUUGACUUGACAAGAAACUCAGGAAGGUUAACUGCUAGAAAUCAUACUUCAAAGAAAAAUAGAAAACAUUACUUAGAAGUAUUAGAGAGUCCCAAUCCAGUGCCACCCAGCUUUGUUCCUUCUACUGAGAUCGAUCUUCCUCAAAAUACUGAGGGAAGGUUUUCAAAAUCUCAGUAUGAAAUGGUUAAAAAUGUACACUCUCCAAGAAAUGAAGGCAACCCUGAAUCUUCUCCCUCAAAAGAAGCUGAAGACUCUACUGAGAAAAAAUGACUCUCAAUGUGAAAUGGUGAUGAACAACUUCUGCAAAAAUUCGACAAAGAAGUUAUCAAAAUUUUACAAAUAGGCUAUAACCUACAAAAGAAGUUGAGAGAGGAAGUUUCCUCGAGUAUUCCUGAAGGUGCGAAUGUGGAUGCUUUAAUCCAGCUUUUAUAUUCCAAAAAUUUACAGUCUCCUACAUAAAUGAGGAUUCAAAGGAAGAAUAUCAAAGGGUACUCUUUAAGAACUACCAA